GUGUCAACCACCAAUAAAUAAACAUAGCUAGAAAGCGUAAUCUUGCUAUGCUUUGCCAGAGAAAAAGAAAGGAGAGAAGAUGAAGGCUUUCGUUAGGAUCUGUACUACUAACAGACUCUUUGUCUACUUGUUGGGCAUAAUCCUCCUCUCAAUCCUCAGUAUGCUAUACCUGACUGUCCUAGCGAGCGAUAACGAGAGUACAGACGAAGAGGAGAGCGAGCUGGACAGUCCGCUAAAGAGAGUCAAAAGACUCCUCUCCUUUUCUCCCACACCUUAUCCCAGUUUAAACUCGCCACGAGCCCACACAAUCACUGGUAACAUGCAACAAACUCCAGCUGUUGCUUUGAAGCUUGGUGGCCCUGGUGGUAAGGAAGCUGCCGGCUCUAUCAUAACAGAUAGGAGCAAGAAGCCUGACAUGUUUGCAGGUAAACCAGCUAACAACAUUACACUGACAAGCAACAACUUUGUUAAUGAGAGCAUCAACAUCAGUGAUGAAAUUGAAGGUGUAGGAGAUGCCAGAUUUGGCUUGAGUCCAAAUGCAACAAUGUAUCUUGUUGUUAUACUAAUACACUCUAAUAUCGAUCAAUCUCUUCGUAGAAAGACAAUAAGAGAGACUUGGCUGUCACCAAGAAUGCUUAAUGCAAGUAAUGUAACCCACUGGUUUGUUAUAGGAGGGAAUUCAACUACCGCCAGCCUAAGGAACGACCUUCAGAAAGAACAAGAUCAACAUGGCGACCUUUUGAUACUUUGGAAUGUCAGAAAUGAUUAUGCAGAGUUAACACUACGCUCACUUCAUUCGAUGAUCCACAUAUAUAAUCAUUACCUGUUUGAGUAUGUGCUUAAAACUGAUGACGAUGUGUUUCUUAACACUCCAGUCAUCCUUUCAGAGUUAAAUAGCUCAUUUUAUCCACGUAAAAGGAUCUACUGGGGCAGAUUCUCGUGCCGAAAUCCACCUAUGGUGGAUGGCAGAUGGAAGGAAACUAAUUGGAAUCUCUGUGAUGUCUAUUAUCCAUAUGCAUACGGUGGCAUGUAUGUACUGUCACAGGAUGUUGUAGGUUUAUUAGUAGAGAAUGCUAACAGUUUACAAAUAUAUUCAUGUGAAGAUGUAUCACUAGGAGCAUGGCUUGCUCCCUAUAACAUACACAGGAUUAAUGACGGGCGCAUAUUUGUGCAGCAUAGCACAAAGUGUAGCCGUGGAUACAUUGCUGUCCAUAUUCCUCAUAGACUAUCAUACAAGUUAAUGAUGAAGUAUUUUGACAAUUUGAAACGAAAGGGAGUGAUUUGUAGUACUGUGUGCAAGGAUGACAUACUGCUGUGGAGAGGGUUGCCUCAUUUGUGUUUAAAUGAAACUAAAGCUAUAGUAUGAUAGGGAAAUCACUUACAAAUCUGUUGUUAUUAUAAACUCAUUUUUAAUCCUAGAAUAUUCUUAUCUCACAAACAAAAA